AUGGUCACUCUUACCAAAAGUUUCGUGGCCUCGCUCAGCAGAGGCUACAAGCUUCCUGUGUUUGGCGGCGCUUUGGCUUCAAAGAGAUUCUUUCAAAGUUCAAUGACCAAUAGCACCUACGAAGAGGAGAAGGUAGUCAUUGAUAAAAUCAAUGCCACCCUCAAACCGGAAGAUGUUGCUCGUUUAGGUAAAACCAGAAAUAUUGGGAUCUCUGCUCACAUUGAUUCUGGGAAAACCACCUUCACCGAACGUGUGUUGUACUACACUGGGAGAAUUAAGGCUAUCCAUGAAGUUAGAGGUAGAGACAACGUUGGGGCCAAGAUGGACUCCAUGGAUUUGGAAAGAGAAAAAGGUAUUACUAUUCAAUCUGCUGCUACUUACUGUUCUUGGGAUAAGGAUAACGAUUCUUAUCACUUCAACUUGAUCGAUACUCCAGGGCACAUUGAUUUCACUAUUGAAGUCGAAAGAGCUUUAAGAGUUUUGGAUGGUGCUGUGUUAGUUGUGUGUGCUGUCAGUGGUGUUCAAUCACAAACUGUUACUGUCGAUAGACAAAUGCGUAGAUAUAAUGUUCCAAGAGUCACUUUUAUUAACAAGAUGGAUAGAAUGGGCGCUGAUCCUUUCAAGGCUAUUGAUCAAAUCAACAAGAAAUUGAAGAUUCCUGCUGCUGCUAUUCAAGUUCCUAUUGGUGCUGAAUCUGAAUUGAAAGGGGUUGUGAAUAUAAUUGAUAGAGUUGCCCUUUAUAACGAAGGUAAGCAAGGUGAAAUUCUUAGAGCCGCUACUGUUCCAGAAGAUUUGAAAGACUUGGUUGAAGAAAAAAGAGCCUUAUUGGUUGAAACUUUGGCUGAUGUUGAUGAUGAAAUUGCUGAACUCUACAUUGAAGAAAAGGAACCAUCCGUUGACCAAAUUAAGGCUGCCAUUAGAAGAGCCACUAUUGCCAGAAAAUUCACCCCAGUUUUGAUGGGCUCUGCAUUGGCCAACACUGGUAUCCAACCGGUUUUGGAUGCUGUGGUUGAUUACUUGCCAAAUCCUUCUGAAAUCUUGAACAAGGGUUUGGAUGUUAGUGACCCAGAAAUUGAAAAACCAGUGGAAUUGAUUCCAAGCUCUAGUGAACCUCUUGUUGCUUUGGCUUUCAAAUUGGAAGAUGGUAAAUAUGGUCAAUUGACCUACUUGAGAGUUUACCAAGGUAAAUUGAAGAAGGGUGGUUACAUUUACAACAUCAAGGACAAAAAGAAGAUUAAGGUUGCCAGAUUGGUGAGAAUGAACUCCGACGAAAUGGAAGAAAUCGAUGAAAUUAAUUCUGGGGAAAUUUGCGCUACUUUUGGUAUCAACUGUUCUUCAGGUGACACUUUCACUGACGGGUCUGUUGAGGUCGCGAUGUCCUCCAUGUUUGUCCCUGAUCCAGUUAUUUCUUUGUCCAUUCAACCAAGUACUAAGGAUACUAUCAACUUCUCUAAGGCCAUGAACAGAUUCCAAAAGGAAGAUCCAACUUUUAGAGUUAAGUUCGAUGCUGAAUCCAAGGAAACUGUCAUUUCCGGUAUGGGUGAAUUGCACUUGGAAAUUUACGUCGAAAGAAUGAAGCGUGAAUACAAUGUUAGUUGUACCACUGGUAAACCUCAAGUUGCUUAUCGUGAAUCUAUUGCUGGUAGCACUGAAUUUGACUACACCCAUAAGAAACAAUCCGGUGGGGCUGGUCAAUUCGGUAGAGUCAUUGGUAACAUGGCCCUUGCCACUGAUGGUGAAAAGAAUGAAUUUGAAACCCAAAUUGUUGGGGGUAAAAUCUCUGAUAAGUUCUUGGCUGCUUGUGCUAAGGGUUUCGAAGAAAGUUGUAUGAAGGGUCCACUUACUGGUCAUAAAGUUUUGGGGGUUAAGAUGUUGAUUAAUGAUGGUCAAACUCACGUUGUUGAUUCUAACGAAUAUGCUUUCAAAGCUGCUACCAUUGGAGCAUUCAAGCAAGCUUUUAACAAUGCUAACCCAGUGGUUUUGGAACCAAUCAUGAAUGUUACCGUUACCGCACCAAAUGAAUUCCAAGGUGGUGUCAUUGGUUUGUUAAACAAGUUGGGUGCCAUGGUAAAUGACACUGAAAACAACAGCGAUGAUUUCACCAUCUUGGCAGAAUGUUCUUUGAACUCUAUGUUUGGAUUUGCCACCUCUCUUAGAGCUUCCACCCAAGGUAAGGGUGAGUUCUCUUUGGAAUUUAAAAACUAUUCUCCAUGUCCUCCACACUUGCAAAAGCAAUUGAUUGAAGAAUACAAUAAGAAACAGAAGAAAUAA